CUCCAUUGAUGUUUUAUUUGAACAUGUCCUGGAUGAAUUGUUUUAUUUGAAUAUGUCCUGGAUGAAUUGGCUAAUUUGAAGUUACAAAAAAAAAAAAUGCAAAGAUUAGUUAAAAGAUAAUGGUGGAGGUCUAUCUCAGAUUUAUUUAGCUAGUGCUGAGUUUUAGAAUUUCAGUUUGGAAUUUGAAGAAUUGCCUAGUUGGGAAAAAUGAGAAAUUAAGAUCUUGGAAUUUGAAGCUUUGGUUCCACAAAUGGCUGGGAAUUCUAGCAGUGGGGGAAGAUGUGGGGAAGGUACUAUUCAGCUAUGUUUACAAAGGCACUUGAAACUUAUCACUAUGACAUUGGAGGAGUAUUUUGCAGUUAUUCUAAUACCAAAUGGUCCAAAUGGCUUAUUUGGAGAAGCCAACUCUUAUGCUUCUGAUUGACAUGAAAAAGAAGAUGGCUUUUGCGGAAUGUAACAAGGAACAUCCUUAUUAGUCUCCUCACUUUUCCCUUGGGUACUGUCAGCGUACUCCUCAUUCCUACUUCUUAUUCCAAAACUUUCCAAGGCCUGCAGCAUGGCAUCCAAGUUGAAAUAGACAAUCAUCCUUGGCUGCAUUGAUAGUUUAUAUGAAAGAAAAGAGAAACUCCAUUUCAAGUAUCUGCAGAUGGUGCAAGCAAACACAUGCUUCUUUGUCCAAGCAAACACAUGCAGUGAUCAGUUGACUAGUGUUGGAGGUUUUGUGAAGGGAGCUGUGACAAGGUUUGUGAUAAGUGAUGAUUUGUUCUUAUUCUUGGCUUCUAUAGCUAGCAGUGUCUCUCUGCUCAACCAUUUUGGUAUUGAAGAUGCAUCUAUGCUGGAUGAAAUGUCUGUAAAUAUUGUUCGAGAUGAGGGAGAGAGAACAAGAAUAGAAGGGAGGAGAACAGAGAGCCAAUAGGUUCAAGAUUUUCACACUAAAGAAUGGGUUCAAGAGAGAAGAAGUUAACUCUGAAGCUUCUAAUUAACAAGGAAAGCGGAAGAGUGGUUUUUGCUGAAUGUGGCAAGGACUUUGUGGAGAUUCUUCUCAGUUUCCUGACUCUCCCACUGGGCACUGUCAUCAGACUCCUGGAUAAACACUCUUCUCUGGGUUGCAUGGAUGCUUUAUAUGAAAAUGUGGAGAAACUAGACUUGAAGUGUUUGCAAACAGAGGCAUGCAAGUCCAUGUUACUUUGUCCAAGAAGUGUUGCAGAACGUCAUUGUAAAGAUUUGAAGAUUAAGGUUGAUAAUUUAGAUCCCAAAAGACUUUAUUUGUGUCUUAAAUGGGAUUGCGUUGCCAGGGUUCACAAGCUAUUUAGUUCAGUUGCAGAUGCAAGAUGCCCUUGUGGAAGUCCCAUGGAUAAGUUUGCUCUCCUAUGGAAAAAAGAAGCUAGUUGUGAUGGAGGUUUUUGUGAGGGAGAGAGAGCAAGGUUUCUUGUAAGUGAUGAUUUGCAUGUUUCUUUGGCUUCUAUGGCUUCUUCUUUCUCUCUUCUUCAAGAGUUUGGUAUUCAUGAUGUAUCUCUUCUUCAAGAGAGAGAAGUCAGCGUUGGCCGUCAUGAGAUAUUGAAACUUCUCAAAACAUGUUUGAUUUCCAGGACACCCUUGUCCAAUGUAUUCAUGGGGUUGAAACUGCAGCCAUUCAAGCAUAAAAAGCUGGUUCCAAAUCCAUUGGGAAAAAAAGAAGAAGCAAAAACCGGCACAAAAACUAGAUCAAAAACAAUGAGAGCAAACAUCCUGCAAAGCAAACACUCUGGCAAAGUAAAGUAUGCAGAAAUAGGUGAAGACAUAGUGGACCUUUUAUUCAGCUUUUUAACCUUCCCAUUGGGAACAAUUGUCAAACUAUUGUCUCAGGAUUCAUCUUUAGGCUGCAUGAGCUAAUCUGUACAGCAGUAUUUCAACUGGUGAUUCUUUUAUCUUGAAAGAUCACAAGAAAAAGUUACUGGAUCCUAAGCUUCCGCCUCAUUUCAAAUGCAGCAACCAGCUUUUAAAAGUGAAGGAGUCAUCAACAAGAAGCUUUUGUAUUGACUGGUGUGAGAACUGUUUUAAAAAUUCCAUCAAGUGUUCACAUAGACAGGAAAAAGUUUAUGUUAAAGAAAUCAAUCCAAAGUCAGCAAGUUCUGAUUCUAGAAAUGGUGGAGGAUUCAUGAAGGAAUCUCAGAGAUUCAUGGUGACAGAUAAGUUAGAUAUUGUGCCAGUUUCCACAAGUUCUAGUGUUGGUAUUGUUAACAGUUUGAUGAUUCCCUUAACCAAGUUGGAGAUGAAGGAGAUCACUUUUGGAGAAGAUGAGGCUUUGGAGCUAUUGAGGUCUUGCUUGACGUCCAAAGAGUUCUCACUUAUGCCUUCAGUUAGAAAGAACCCAUUUUUGGUGAUGUUGAAGUCUUUUUUUUUUUAAAGUUAAUGUAGUCCCAUUGGACCUCUAGAGAGUUUUGUGGCUUUAAGCAAAAAGUAGCUAUUGAAGCAAUUGAAGGCUUGGUUGAGAAUGUUGCAAGUUUUGGGAGUUCCCCUUUUUUAAAAAAAAUAAAAGUU